GUAGCAUAGCCGUCAGUUAUUAUCAUUGGCGAAAUUAUAUGGUUGGGAAUAGCAAAUUCUGUUUCGGGUAAUUGAGUUUGCCGAAUAAUGAGUGUUUUUACGUUAAAAGCUUGUGGCUAGGUUAAAAAUUGCAUUUUUAUGCAAUAGAGAAUGUUUAAGUAAUGACUGUGAAAUCGCUGUGGGAUAUUUAAUCAAAAUUGUUAAGCUAUUAUCUUGUAGAAAAUAAGGAACUGAAAUUGAACAGAUGAUAUAUCAUUGGAUUAACAUUUUUCAAUUAGUGAUUUUGAUUAAAAAAAAUAAAAAUUGAGGAGCUACAUUUGUGUUUGCUUUAAGAAUAAAUACAAUUAAUUUUUGUGUGAUGUCAUUUAUUUGCAAUCGUUUGCAUAUUUCGCAUUAAUUGUAAUUGACAAUAGGUGCAUUGUGGAACAGAAUUGCAUUUUGAGGGAAUACAAAUAUUUUUUCUGGACAUUUAUUUGCAUUUCUCCAGAGCCAGGGUUUGAUUAAGAGUAUUUUUACAGACAUUUGUUACAGUUAUUGUUUUACAGGACUAAAACGGAUUUAAUUUGUGGCCGAAACAGAUACAGCAACCGUUUUUGUGAUGGGUCGAUCCACAUGCUGUGCUUUCUAGGAAUCUGCAGAAUUGAAUGGUGUGAACUGCUGCAGAAGCUGCUGUUAAUCAGUGGACGCUAAAAGCACAAUAAUCCUCCUGAACAUUGCAGCACUCAACAAGUGUGACAGAAGUGAUUGCGAGUUUCAGUUCAGAUCGAGGCCACAUUCAAGAGCUGUGAACCAGUGAACCAGCUAGUAAAACAGUGACAGUCAAUAUAUUGUCAAACAGUGACAGUCAAUAUAUUGUGAAGCAGUGACAGCCAAGAGCUUGUGAAACAGUGACAGACAAUAUAUUGUGAAACAGUGACAGCCAAGAGCUUGUGAAAUAGUGACAGACAAUAUAUUGUGAAGCAGUGACAGCCGAGAGCUUGUGAAAUAGUGACAGACAAUAUAUACAAUUGUGAAGCAGUGACAGCCGAGAGCUUGUGAAAUAGUGACAGGAUCUACAACAAUAAAAAGAUGAAAAGCAGAAGAUGUUGACAGUUACCGGUGAUGCUAGAAUUAUCAUGACAACAGCCUAAUUGAUGAGAGUGGUUUCCCCUGUUGCCAUGGAGAUGAGUUCAAUGAGUACAACACCAGGCUUGAAACCCAAGCCCCGUCCUGCAGGUCGGAGAGUGUCCGGGCGCGAUAAGCGAGGCAGCAAGACGUACAGCUCUUCUGAAGACGACCUGCAUUCAGACGAGAACCUCCGUCCAUACGAAGCUAUCAAAAUGUCCCAUCAUGAGAAAAAGCUAAAUUCAUUUGGAAUCCCAAGUACAGGAAAUGAAUACAUGAGCACCCCAGUGACACCGCUGAUGGACCGACCCACCCAUGGCGGCAACAAGCACAGAAAGGUCAAAGCUCGAACUGCCUCAAAUGCCUCCACCUCCUCUCAAGGUCGUCUCUAUAGUUACGUAAGUGGGUCAGAUGGUGACGAUGAUGAGAAUGACACAUCAUCUUCAAGCAACCGCAAACAUGGCCACUGGAGGAAGGGGUCACAUAGUACGGCCUCGUCAUCCAAUGAGAUGGACAUGUACCGUAUGAGAAAUGACCAGGUGUCACACCUCUCAAUGUCCGAGGACUCUGACGAUGCCCACACUGCACUCACCGCAAGUCCUGCAAGGUUUUCACAGACAGGUACAAUGCCAUUGCCGCCACCGACGGCUCCCCCACCUCCUCCACCACCAAUAGAAGACAUUCCACAGCGGGCAACGCCCCAACACCAACCUAAGCUGCCCAUGGGCGGGCCCUGUAAACACCAUCAGCUCGCCCAACAGCGAUCCCUACAGUUUGGGCCUCAAAUACGUGGAAAUUACUCGGACAUAGAAAACCUUAGACGCGCUCAACAACUUGAGCAUGAACACAUACGGAGACAGCAUUCAGACUCAGAGACAUGUUUUUCGUGUAACCAUGGUGCAAAUCAUUACUCCGAAGGUGAUGGUAGUGAAUAUGAACCCCAUUUUUUAGUGCAAACUCCAAAUGGAAAUAUAUUUAUUCCACAAUCACAAGUUAUGGGACCAGAUGGCCAGCCCAAAUUUCCACUCAACGUUCCGAGGUCGGGCUCCAUCCCAAUUAACCUGCUCGCCUGUGAUCCCCAGAGUCCCAAUGGUGGUGUUGUCCGACCCCUGGAACCAGCCACAAUGCCCCGACAGUUCGCCGCAAACUCCGACCACCCAGUCACAUUCACACGCAAUGACAGAGUGCCAAAUGGCGGCUGCAGUAAUCAGAACCAUGAGUACCAGGAGGCCUGGGACACGCAAAAUUUUGUGUACCCUCACCAGAUUUCUGCGACCAGUCCAACUGUCCCCUUCUACCCAGCAGGCCAGAUGACAACACAGGACUUUGGCUAUUAUGAUAAAUUCAAAAACACAAAACAUGAAUGGAAGAAGAAGAUUCGCCAACGGUGUUCGUGGAAAUGUUUCGCCAUCAUUGUGCUAGUUUUAAUGCUUGUUUCCCUUGGUUUCAUUGGAUAUUUGUUAAAAACAAGAUUCGACCGAGAUGCAGUUGAAGUUAAAGACGUUCAGGGUCCAAACAAUUCGGGCGGACUCGGUAAUUCAAGCACAUCAUGUUCGUCUGUGUGUCUGUCCUGCAUCAAUGACAGUGAAAUGUCGGCUGCUAGUCUAGAUGUGCUCUGUGCUAGUUAUCCUGAAGUAGUGCAUGCUUCAGGUAGUACAAUUUCCCCGGUGGACUUGCCAGUGGCGAUGUACCAGGUAGGGGAGCGAACAACACAGACGAUUCCACCCCAUGCAUUCUGGCAAUCACGCUUCGCCCAGGACGAGGAUCGCUUUGUCAAGUUUAACCUCACGCUCCCAGCAGAUGGCGUACUUGGCGUGUACGGCAGACGUGGUAUGGCACCCUCGGUCGCACAGUUUGACUUCUUUGAGGUCAUUGAUGGACGAUCGAUGUCAGCAAGAACAAAACGAGCAGUUAAGGGUACACUGGACACGGCCUUGACCAAGUUUCUGGAGGCAGGCGUGUGGUUCGUGGCCCUGUACAACGACCAGGACAGACCACAGACUGUAGUCUUCAACUCACAGUUCUACAAGCCGGAGACAGGUUGUCCUGGAGACUGUCAUGGACAUGGGGACUGUAUUGACGGACAGUGUGUGUGUUACCGUGGUUACAUGGGAUGGGACUGCCUACAGAGUUCGUGCCCGGUGUUAUGCAGUGGUAACGGGAACUACAUUCGUGGUCAGUGCCAAUGUUUUGAUGGAUGGAAGGGUCGCGAGUGUGACCUACGUGCAGACGAGUGCCUUGUGCCCAACUGUAAUGGGAACGGGCGCUGUGUCAACGGCCAAUGUAUCUGCCACCCAGGGUUCCAGGGAGUCGACUGUGGAGAAGUGGGGUGCCUUCUGCCUAACUGCUCUGGUAAUGGGGUCUGCUCCCUGGGGCAGUGCGUCUGCUAUAGGGGCUUUAGGGGCACAGAUUGCAGCAUUCCUGAUAAGAUAAAUAUCACACAUCUGUGUGCCAAUGACUGCUCAGGGCACGGUGUGUACAACGUUGACCUGGGCCGCUGUGAGUGUGAGAGCCUCUUUACAGGCUCUGACUGUGAGACAGAGAUCUGUCGUCUGGAGUGUUACCAUGGCAACUGUCAGAAUCAGAAGUGUGUAUGUGAUACGGGAUGGGGUGGGGCGCUGUGUGACCAGCUACGCUGCGACCACCGCUGCGAUGGAGUUCGGGGAUUCUGUAACAAUGGUUCGUGCGAGUGUCGCAAGGGAUGGAAUGGCAAACACUGUAGUCUGGAUGGUUGUCCAAACGACUGUAGCAUCAACGGUGUAUGUGUGGUAUCAAUGCAAGGCUGGCAGUGUAAAUGUCAGGCUGGCUGGAAGGGGGAGGCCUGUGAUCAUAACAUGGAAACUUCAUGCAAGGACCACGUAGACAAUGAUGAAGAUGGCCUGCGUGACUGUAUGGACCCAGACUGCUGUGAGAGCCCAGAGUGUGUGGACAAUAUGUACUGUAGGGCUUCCCCUGACCCUGCAGAGAUCCUUUUGCGUAAACAACCUCCCUCCACAACAGCAUCAUUCUACGAGAAAGUCAAGUUUCUUGUAGAGGAAAACAGCGUCCAGAUGGAGACUUCCAAAAAUGCGUUUAAUGAAAGCCAAGUGUCAGUGAUCCGAGGGAGAGUUCAAUCCCUUGACGGCACCCCACUAGUCGGAGUCAGGGUGGACAUAGACAAGCAGCCUCUGUAUGGCUACACCCGCACCCGCGCUGUCGGCAUGUUUGACAUCCUUGUGAACGGAGGGGGCUCGGUCACUCUCAAGUUCUCCCGCCAGCCCUUUCUUCCCCAAACAUUGAGUGUGCUUGUGCCAUGGAACCAGAUCAUCACUAUGGAAACAGUUGUCAUGGUGCUUACUGACCUUGACCAUACCAUGCCUGACCCAGAUGUGUGCAGUGUGGCUCAUGACAGUGCCCUCAAGCCUGUUGUGCUGUCCACGUGGCAGCACACACAAUUGGGAUCCUGUCCUGAACAAAGUACCAUUAUACCGGAAUCUCAGGUGUUACAGGAGAGUAUCAGUAUACCAGGUACGAGUGUGAAUCUAGUGUACCACAGCAGUGAGACCCCAGGCUACCGCUCUGUUAUCCUAAUACAGAUGACUCCACGGGAGAUGCCCCCUGCUCUUGCCCAGGUCCAUCUCCGCGUCUCUGUGGAGGGGAUUCUGUAUGAGAAAACAUUUGAGGCCGACCCAGAGCUCAAGUAUACAUACGCCUGGGACAGGAGGAACGCCUACAAGCAAAAAGUCUAUGGGAUAGUCCCUGUCAGAGUGAGUGUUGGUUACCAGUACAGUGGGUGUCGGUACAUAUUCUGGGAGUCCCGAAGCACGACCAUGAGUGGGUUUGACCUCACGUCAUCGGAGAUUGGCCACUGGAACCUUGACCUGCACCACACAUACAACUUCCAAGAAGGCAUUCUUCACAAGGGAGAUGGCACCAAUGUUUACUUGAAAGAGAAGCCCAAGAAGUUGAUCAGUAUCCUUGGUAAUGGCCAGCGUCGACGAGCGGACUGUGAUGGAUGUAAUGGCCCGGCACGGGACAAUCGUCUUCUCGCUCCCGUUGCCCUCGCCAGUAGUCGGGACGGCAGUCUCUAUGUGUGGGAUUAUAACUUUAUCAGGAAACUGUCACCCAGCAGAGAGGAGAUUGCCAGCAUCCUCCAGAUUGGCACAUACACUUCCCACAAGCCGUACAUGACAGUGAGCCCAGUGGACAGCCGACUAUAUAUCUCUGACUACAUGAACCGGCGUAUCAUCCAUGUCAAGACCAUGGGCCCUGUGCGUGACCUUCAGGAGAACUUUGAGGUUGUGGCGGGUACCGGUGAUGAGUGUACCCCUGGGGAACGUGACCUGUGUGGGGAUGGACAACUUGCACUGGCAGCCAGGUUCCUCCACCCUAAAGGUAUUGCAGUGAACAAGGAUGGUGUGAUCUAUGUGGCUGAUGGAGCAAACAUCCGGAAGAUCGGCACUGACGGCAUUAUCACAACGGUGAUUGGAUCCCAGGACCAGCCUCGUGCAUGGAAACCAAUGUCAUGUGAUUCUAGCAUGCCAGCUGAUGAGGUUCGAUUGCACUGGCCAACUGCCUUAGCCAUUGACCCUCUGGAUGACACCCUGCAUAUUCUGGAUGACCACAUUGUGCUGAAACUGACCAAGGACAACCGAGUGGUCACUGUGGCUGGCCGACCAAUAACAUGUCCCCAAAUAGAUGUCAACUUCCUGCCCAUGGGAGUCCUGGCUGAUGAUGAGCAGGCUUCAAGCAUCGCAGAUCAUGUUAAACUGGUUGAGCCAGAGAGCAUGGCAUUUGGUCCCCAUGGUGACCUGUAUGUGGUAGAGAGUGACACCCACCACAUUAACCGGGUCCGCGUGGUUACCACCGAUGGCAGGAUACACCAUUUUGCCGGCACCAAGUCAAAGUGUGAUUGCCAGCAGAACAAUUGCCAAUGUUAUGAUCCCAAGGAGUCCUCUGCUGCUCAGGCUUUGUUUGAACAGCUGACUGCCAUCACUGUCACACCAGAUGGCAUUGUGCACUUUGCAGACUCUGGAAAUCUGCGAGUGUUCUCGAUAAUAUCUGAGCUCCCCACCCUGAACUGGCUAGGGCAGUACGAGGUGGUUUCCACAGAGACCAAGGAACUGUAUAUCUUUAACAGAUAUGGCCAGCAGAUCCACACUGUGAACCUCAUGACUGAUCAAUACAUGUACAACUUCACCUACAAUAUCAACUCCUUCUAUGGUAAAGUGGUAGCUGUUACAGACAAUGCAGGAAAGAGCAUCCAGAUAGAGCGUGACUAUGAACGCCAGGCCAAGGAAAUUCUUUCACCAACUGGUGAGAAAAGUCAGCUACAGAUGGACAACAUGCAGCGUCUGCAGCGCUUCAUGUCACCUGACAACACAGCCCUGACCUUCACCUACGAACCUAGCACUGGUCUGUUACAGACAAAGCGCCUCUCUGAUGGGAAAAUCUACAUGUACUCGUACGACACCAUGGGACGACUGUUGACUGCCACCCAGCCGACAGGGGAGGUCACACACCUGCACACUGACGUGAAUGCAACAGGUUCUAUCGUGCACGUGACAACAGAUAACAGUAACACUGUUGCUAUGGCAACCUAUGGCAGUGUACAGUCAGCUCUGCAUGGAUCCGCAGAGACCAAGGUCACCUAUCUCCCAGAUGGAGCUGUUGUUGUUGUGUUUCCUAGCAACCUGACCAUCGCCCUAGAGUCAGGAGGCAACCCUGUCCUAGAGAACCAGCACCGCAUGCACUUCAAGCGUAAACUGAUCGCUCCUAACAAACUGGUGCACAGACUGGAAUGGCGAUUCUACCUGCGGAGGAAGGGUCGUCCUAAAGAGAGUAUAGCAAAACUUGGUCGACGUAUGCGGGUAGGGGAGGUGUUUACGCGGCAUGAAAGCAUGCUAGACUCGCAUGAGGCUGGCGGAUACAAGGAGAAAGCCCUCUUGGUGAAUGGUGAAAAUCUGCUCACAAUUGAGUACGAUCGUGACACACACACGGAGACAAUACUGGACCGCGACCUUCUAGAGAUCAUCACCAUGGCGUACGACAACUCUGGCCUCCCCACCCACUUCCUGCCUGCCAAGAACCACCACUCUCUCAAUGUGACGUACAAUGCAGCAGGGGAGAUAAUCCAUUGGAAGUAUGGGGAUCUGGAGGAAAGGCAGAUAUUUGAAAAUGGUGUGUUGAAAGAGAAGACGGGCACCAAUGGCGCACAGUUCAGAUACAACUACAGAUACGGGAAAAAGCCAACAGACAUCCAUUUGCCAAGUGGCCUGCAGUACCUACUACAGUAUGAUGAUGAGGGGAACCUGAGGAUGGUUCGCACACCGGGGCUUGGCAAACACUUCUUCUCCCGCGUCAUGCUUACAGGCGUGCAGCGGUACUUUUACCAGAUUCCCAGCCUCGAACUGCCCUACAUCGAGGAUUACAGUGGCAAUGGGAAGCUUAUGCAGAUCAUUUAUCCGAGUGAAUAUCGCAAAGUUGUAUAUCGAUACAACCACUUUGCCCAGCCUACCCUUGUACUGUUUGGGGAUACCGAGAUAAACAUUGAGUAUGACUCUAGAAUAUCUAUGAUAUCAUGGUCAGAGGUACAUGGACGGGGCUACAGACUUGCUGAGUCGUACACAUAUGAUUCAUCUCUUGUAGACUCCUAUCAUUUAACUUUUCCUGACGACUACAGGCUCCUGGAUGCAAAGUUCAUGUACACCUAUGACAAGAACUUUAGAUUGGUUGAAAUAAACGGCGUGUUCUCUAAAAAUCUCAGUAUGAAUAUGAACUACAGCUACGAUGACCAUAAUGGUUUUUUGAAGAGUGUUCAAUUGAUGAAAAUACAGUGGCCCCUUGUUAACAUGGAGAAAAUUUAUGAUGAGCAUGUUGUGAUUAGCCGUGAACUGGACUUGUAUGGUCGAGCUAAGAAUACAGAGUUUGUGUGGGAUAAUGUCAGGUUUAAACUGAGCAUUGUGUAUGAUAAGAUGAACAGGGUUAGCAGUUGGAGUCAGAUUGUUGGGCAAACAGACACUAGCCAGUUUGAGUACCGGUACGAAGACGGCAAUGUGAUAGAGGUGCUAGUGAAUGGUGAAUCAGAGUGGAAAUACGGCUAUGAUAACAAUGGAAACAUUAAUAGGAUUGAGAAUUUAGACAAUAACUAUGAUAUUGAAUAUGAUGUCGGAGAUAAGAUAAUAUUUGGUAGCCUGAGGUACAAGUUUGAUGAAGGGUUCAUGGUACAGAGGCAUGAUGAAGAUUUGCUGUUUAAUUCAAAUGGUCAGCUCAUGUCCGUUGCUAACUCAGGCAAGUUCAAGUUUACCUACUACUAUGAUCGCCAGGGCAAUGUGAUUGCUCAGAGUGAUCGCCUUGGUAACAUCAUGCAGUACUUCUAUGCUGACACGCUUCGUCCUGGUCUUGUCACACAUACAUACAACCACAGUAAUGGUGAGCUCAGCCAGUACUUCUAUGAUGCCAAAGACAAACUUAUUGCCUUUGAAAGACAGAACCAGCUCCUAUAUGUUGCCUUGGACCCCAUGGGCAGCCCUAUUGUUGUUUAUGACCAAGAUGGCCUCAUUAAAAAGAAACUUUCAUAUGACCCUCUAGGGCAAGUCAUUUCCGACUCUAACCCACAGUUCGAGUUCAGUUUUGGCUUCCAAGGUUCCAUAUACAACUCCCUCACCCGGUUGGCCUUGAUGGGUGGGCGUGUGUACGACACAAUGACUGGCCGGUUUGUGAACCCUGACUACAGAGCGAUGUUGGGUAAUGUUCAGUAUCUGGUGGAGGACCCAAUCAUGAUGAACAAUUACCAGUACCGACACAUAGUCAACACACACAUGCUAGGCCGGAGCUUCCCAACGCUUGACACUACAGAGUGGCUGAAGCUGCUUGGAUUUGACCUGGACAGUAUGGCCCCAAAUGUCGGAUAUGACGGCACUGUGAGGCCAAGGUCACAGGGCCGUGGCUACAACCUUCUGCCAAUAUCAUCUGCCUUCGAGUGCACAUUCCACCGGGACAUGCUCAACAUGCUGUCCAUCUCAACAGUCCCACAAUCAAGGGUGUCACCCAUUCAAAAGUAUGACCCCAUCCUGCCCGCACCAAAACUGGCCAUGUACAGCGACCUGCUCUUAAUGUCAGUGAACAAUGAGCUGCUAACUGCUCUGCCUGAUGAUCCCCCCACCUGGGUGAAGAAAUUCAGUAACUUUUUAAACAAGUCCGAAAUGCUUGAUUUGAGAUACACUAUACUGGGCAGGGAUAUUGUGUACUUUGUUAAGCCUGAUGCCUCGGUAGUAACAGAUGAGCUUUCAUCUUUGGGUAUACAUGGCAGUUCAGCUACCUAUGAAAAAGGUAUAAAUGUGACUGUCAACAGAUUAUCUCAUCCAGAAGGUUAUAGAAUAACCUCCUACACAGAGACUGAUGUUCGUUUCCAUGGUAACUUUUCUGUGAUUAAUGUAAGGUAUGGCAGUAAUUUUGAUCACGAGAGAAAACGUGUCAUUCGGCAUGCAAACGAGCGUGCUAUUCAACGGGCGUGGUCAAGAGAAAAGUGGCUCAUACAGAACUUCUUACCCACCUACUUUAGUUGGACAGAGCAGGAAAAGAAGGACAUUGUGACCAUAGGUUACCUGGACGACUUUGAUGUGCAAUAUGUGAAAAACCCCGCAAAGUAUCCGGAGAUUGCGGACGAUUGUAAUAAUAUCAAAUUCAUAAAAGUGAAACGAUGAAGAAUGACGAUACAGAUUUAAUUUGUUAAGAGUAGUUGUGAUAAACAUUUCAUCCCAGUAUAUAAUCUUAUGACAUUAAGUAAAACACACUUAUCUUAAACAAACAAGAAUAGUGCUGUGAAUCAGUCAGUUUUAAAUAAUGCAUCAUUCCAUGGAGAUGUCACGUAGCUUUAAAGCUAUUAAAUUGAAAGACACGAAGAGAAUGUUCAUUACUGUAACAGUAAAAUGGCUGUUUAAAAAGCCCGGACCAUACUCAUGUGUUAAUGCUGCUGCUGCUGAUGAUGGUAUAGACUGCAUGUAUGUCUAGGCUGCUGCUGCUGAUGGUAUAGACUACAUGUAUGUCUAGGGAAACUUAAAUCAAAAUAUCUGCCCAUAUCAGGGUGGGUGUCUCGUACGAGUGUUAUAUCAGCCACUCGGAUAACAGCUGAAUACACCAACAAUUCUUCAAAAUCAAAGGUGAAGAAACACAACACAUGCACAUUGACAAGCUUUUUGUUGUUCCAAAACUGUUAUUUGUUUGUACCAAAGACUUUGAUUGUUUGUGACUUAAGUUAUGAAGAUAUUUAUAGGAAUGUUAAAUGUGCCAUUACUUGUGAGCAUGUUCUUACAAAUUUAAACAAAUGUUGCUUCAGUAUAAUGAAAGUGCAUGUAUUCUGACACAAGGCCCUUUUUUAAAGGACUGGACUACUGACUUUCUUCAUGUUAAUUUGCAAUAUAUAUGAGAAUUAUAUAUGAGAAAGGAUGAUUAAAGAAUCCUUUAUAACUAUUGUGCUAUCCAAACUGUUAAUGUUCUAGUCAUGUGUACAGCAGUGACGUUCUGGGAACCACUGUUUAUAUAUGUUGUUUAUGUAUAUAUGUUUGUUAUGUUGUAGAGCUAAGACUAUAGUUAUGUAUAUAUUGCUGUGUUUGUAUAUUCAACAACUGUGAUUAUUUUCGUACGUAUUUUACCAACUGCUUCCUACUAACACGAGAAUUCAUAAAUAAUAAUGUGAGGUAUUUUAAAUUAAAUGCUUGAUAUAGAUUCUUAAUCAUUGUCUUAAAAGCCCUCAUAUUUUAAACACAUUAUUUUAAUAUUAAGUAUUUUAACAAUUAUUGAUUUUAUAACUUUUACAGAUUGUUUAGUAAAUUGCAAUGUUAAAUACAAUAUUUCAGUUUACUAAAAACUACAUGAAUCAAACCAGAGACAAUCUACAAAUUUUGAAAUCCAUCUAUAUACAAUACUAUAUGUAACACCAACUUGUACUCCCAUUGAAUUGUUCACGAGAUUAUGUGUUCAUUUAAAAUCAAGCAUGUAUCAUUAGUAUAAAACAUGAUCAUAAAUACCUGAGUGUAUCUGUUAUCCAAAUAGAUGGAGAUUUUGCAAGUAUGCCGAUGUGUUGAGAGUGGACACUGUUGGAGUUGUGCACGGAUGGGUUACAUGAUGUAAAAGUUUAUUGUCUCAUUAUUUCAGUCAUUUUUCACAAGUAUAUUUUGACAUGUGUUUAUGAUCAUAAGUCGAUAUUGACAUUUUGUAUUUUAUGAAAACUAAUAAAAAUGACAUUAUUUAA